UUCAAUAUAUUUUUCUGUCUGCUAACCUGGUCAGCGGUAUACCCCAUGGGACGUUGCCGAACGUUGUCUUGUAGCGUCUGUCAAGAAGAAGAAAGUUUCUGUAAACUAACUUUUCAAUCCGGCGGGUAGAGAGACCAUCUCAACUACCAAAAUGCCGACGAUAGGCAAGAGUUCGAAGAUGCUUCUGCAUAUCAACUAUAGGAUGCGAUGCACGCUUCAAGAUGGCCGCGUCUUUAUAGGGACAUUUCUUGCCUUUGAUAAACACAUGAAUGUCAUAUUAGGAGACUGUGAUGAAUUUAGAAAAAUAAAGGGCAAAAGCAGUAAAGCCCAGGAGCGCGAGGAGAAAAGAGUUCUUGGCUUGGUAUUACUUCGAGGAGAACAUCUCGUUUCUAUGACUGUGGAUGGGCCACCAGUCGCUGAUGACAAAUCCAAAAGUCUUGGAGCAAAUGCUGUUCCUGGCACAGGAAUGGGUAGAGCAGCAGGACGUGGUGUUCCCGCGCCCAUCGCACCGACAAUACAAGCUCCUCCUGGUCUGAGUGGCCCUGUCAGGGGAGUAGGGGGACCCGCCCAGCAGUUAAUGACACCCCAAGGCGGACCACCUGGCAUGGGAGGACCCCCCGGUAUGCGGCCGCCACCACGAAUGGGAGGUCCACCUGGAGGUCCUGGCAUGAAUGCAGGUCGUGGUGGACCGCCCCCUGGUAUGAUGAACAUGGGGCCACCAAGCCUUAUGGGAAGAGGUGGCCCCCCUGGCAUGGCCCCACCUGGUAUGAUGCCCCCAGGAAUGAGAGGCCCCCCUGGACGCAUGCCUCCACCUGGUCUGAUGGGAAGAGGUCCACCGCCCGGUAUGAGACCACCUCCCCAUUAAUCGCACUGGAUAAGGUGAUUUGUGCAAAGCAAGUGUAUACGACAAGAUUAGGUAUCUAGUUGCCCUAUUUGGGCAGAGGCUGGUCCAAAAAAAAAACCUCUCGGUAGAUCAGUAGAAAAAAAUACAAAUUCUUGCUCUACACCUCAUACUAUAAGAUGCAUUGUGGUCUUAGCUUGAAAUGUGAGAUGCAAAGAUCAGUAGUAGGUGAAAUUUUGAGUUCACAUCAGAUUCAAGCUCUACUUUAUCAGAAGUAAUACCAUGUUCUCUUCUCAAACACUGUUAUAUUACUCUUCUACACAAUAAUGUAAAUACAUUCAUGUUUUUAAUGUGCAUUGUAAUAAAACAUUGGUUUCCUUGAA